AUGAACUUCACCGAUAGGGGCAAUGGCGAUACAGAGUCUUUUCACUCAAACGAAGAAAAUGAAAGAACUAUAACUAUCAUAAACUCUGCGCUAAACGUUCCAUUGAUACUGACAUCAAUUUUAGGAAACGGUUUAGUCGUGGCCGUCAUAAUUAAAAAUCGCAGUCUUCAAUCUCCAUCCAUGAUUUUCCUGUUCAGCCUGGCGCUAUCAGACCUUCUUGUCGGUUUGGUUGCACAACCUCUUUACAUCGCGAACACCUUGACAACUAACAUUCAUUUUUUAAAACUUGCAACAGGUAUGAUGGCCUUUUUCGUCUGUGGAGUGUCACUGGAUACCGUAACAGCCAUUAGCGUGGAUCGCCUAAUGGCGCUAACGUAUCACCUUAGAUACCCGAGCUUGGUGACUCCGUGUCGCGUAAGAUACACUACGGUGCUGAUUUGGUUGUCUAAAGUCCUUACUUCCAGUCUUUACCUUUGGAAGAUGCGCGAAUGUCAUUUCGUAGUUGCCUUUACCACUGUAAUGUGUCUCUUGAUUUCAACAUUUUCUUACCUAAAGAUCUAUGGCAUCGUUCGACGCCACAGGUUGCGCAUUGACGCGCAGCAACUGGCGGUCCGUAGCAAUUGCAGCCCAGAAAACGUUGCGCACAUGGCGCGUUUGAGAAAAAGUGCAUUGAACAUGUUUGUUUUCUACAUUGUCUUGAUUUUAUGCUACUUCCCCAUGUAUAUAUUAUCCACUCUUCAUGGAGCUUCUCUCUUGAAUUGGGAAACCAAAUGGGACUUUGCCCACACUGCCGUGUUCAUGAACUCGUCCAUUAACCCAGUUUUAUACUGCUGGCGGCUUCCCGAACUUCGAGAAGCAAUUGUAAAGAUGUUACGUAAGAUAUUCUGCGUUCAAACACAUCAAAACUGA